UCGAGUAUUACAAAAUGCUAUUCAAGAUAUAAAAAGAAAUAUCCGCGUUUUUUGCCGAGUUUGUCCAAGAACUCGGAAAGAUAUUAUAUUAAAUUUAUUACCACUUUAUUAACACUUUUAUAAUUAAAAACAUUUAUUAAACAUUAAUUUAAUAUUCAUUUAUUAUUAUACGAACGUUUUUAUGUUUCAGAAGGCUCGACGCAAAAGAUCAAAGUUCGAGCAAAAAAAUAUCCUCGUUAAGGGAUUACCCGAGAUGCGGCAUUAGCACCUGCUGUAAUCACAGGCGUUCUUGUUUUACAAAACAUGAAUUUUGCACUCAAAGGUGCAAACGCACUUUUGAAUGCAAAAAUAAAGGGUCAGCCACGAUAAAAUCUCGUUUGGCUCACAAACAGAAUAGUCACCUAUAAAAACAUUAAAACAAGAUCAAUGUAAAAUCAUUCAAUUGGAAUUAGAAAUACAGAAAAAAAGAAAUAAAAAGUUAGAAGAAUUGAAUUUAAAAUUACACAACAAAAAUCAAAUACUGCGUAAUAUAAUACAAGAUCUGAAAGAAAAUAUGAGUUUUUUACCGAGUUCAUCCAUGGCUCAAUCAAAUGGAAGGUUCAACAUAGAGCAAAAUUUAAAUAAAAAGUCCCCCUUGAGGGAUUACUGCAGCGUUAGCAUCUGCAGUAACCACAGGUGUUCGUGUUAUACGAAGCAAGAAUUUUGCACUCAAAGGUGCAAAUGCACUUUUGAGUGCAAAAAUAAGGGCUCAGCCACGAUGGAAUCUCGUUUGGCUCAAAAACAGAGUAGAGAGCCACCUGCAAACACAUUAACGCAAAAACAUCAGCAACUCACUCGAGAAUUGGAAACGCAAAUAAAACAAAAUAAAGAACUAGAGGUAUUAAAAUUAAAAUUAAAAAAAUCAGAAGAAUUAAAUGUAAAAUUAUACAAUAAAAAUAAAAUACUCCAUAACAUAAUACAAGAUUUAAAAGGAAAUAUGAGAGUUUUUUGCCGAGUUCGUCCACGAAUAAGGACGAUCAGAGGAUCCACGAUUUCCUUUUUCGCAAAUAACGAAUAUUCCUCAUUUUAUUACGAGAAAAAAUGCGACAAAGCAUAG